AUGUUGUCAAUUCUCCGGAAAGCCCGGCUGAAGGACAAGGAGAUGAGGAUCCUGAUGCUGGGCCUGGACAACGCAGGCAAGACGACGAUUGUGAAGAAGAUCAUGGGCGAGGACGUCAACACGGUGAGCCCCACGCUGGGCUUCAUCAUCAAAACGAUUGAUUACGACGGAUACAAGCUCAACAUCUGUACGAGCCAACGGGAUGUCGGAGGGCAGAAGACGCUGCGGUCGUACUGGCGCAACUAUUUUGAAAAGACCGAUGCCCUCAUCUGGGUUGUCGAUGCCACGGACCGACUGAGGAUUGAAGAUUGCCGAGAGGAGCUUCACGGUCUCCUACAGGAAGAGCGCCUUUCCGGAGCGAGCCUCCUAGUCUUUGCGAACAAGACUGAUGUCGGCGGGUGCAUGGACGAACAAGAAAUCCUUGAGGGCCUUCAGUUGGAAUUGAUACGAACGCAUCGGUGGAACGUCCUUCGAUGUAGUGCCAUGACAGGGACGAAUCUAAAAGAAGGUCUGGCGUGGGUUGUGGAUGAUGCGAAGAAGCGGCUGUUUCUCUACUGAGGCACACUGCUAUAGGAAACCUCGGUGGACAUACCACAGAGGGGAAUCAUGAACCGUCGGAGCGCCCGUCACAUCGACAUGGACCCCCCCGAGGUAGGUAGCGAGUGGGGUUGAUGGAGUCGACGUAGGUGGAAAGAACAUCGAUGGGGUGACCGACUAGAGCUGCGCGAUAAAGGAAUUCAGAGCAAAGGCUGACUGACAGUC